CUAUAAAUAAAAGAGGAAGCCCUGCGGCCUUCUCUUGACCCCAAAGCCUGACUUUGAGUGUUUGGUGAGCAAACCUGCGAGCGACUGGACGUUACCGCCACGUCUGGGCAGCCGUCUGAGAGGAUUCAUCGGUGGCGAUUGCGCAUCGCCCUCUACCGUGGAAAUGCGGGAUAUUCCAUCUCUGACAACCACUGCUCCCGAGUGACACGGCACUCUUCCAGUGACAUCUGCGACUGACUUGUCGGCCAGCCUCAUUCAGCCCUCAGGAUUUGCAGACGGAAGCCUCCCCAGUGAGAAGUGAAGAAGAAUGGAGUUUUAACUUGUUUGUUGACAUUGACAAACAUCAGCCGCAGAAAGAGGAGAUCAUCCAUUCAUCACUGAGCGCCGAGCAUCCUGACUGCCUCCAUUUAUGUGUCCGCCAUGGCUUGGAGAAGGCUUGCCUGGGGGAUCCCCUGCUGACACUUCCGAUCCAGACAUAUCCAGCUUCUGUCCUCCGGACCACGACAUCCUGGUGUGAGCUUGUUCCUCCAAGACCUCCUCACCGUCAUCAUGGCGAGUUUGGUGCUUAAUGAGACCGGGAUGGAGGACUGUGGCAUUGACGACUCCUUCAAGUACAACUUGUAUUCGGUGGUCUACAGCGUGGUCUUCGUCUUAGGUCUCAUCACCAACUGCGCCGCACUGUUUGUCUUCUGCUUCCGCAUGAAGAUGCGCAACGAAACGACAAUGUUCAUGACUAAUUUAGCGCUAUCUGAUUUAGUUUUUGUUUUUACGCUGCCGUUCAAGGUCUUCUACAAUGUGAACCGACACUGGCCCUUUGGAGAUGGACUGUGUAAGAUAUCAGGAACAGCCUUCAUCACUAACAUCUAUGGUAGCAUGCUCUUUCUCACCUGCAUCAGCGUGGACCGCUUUUUAGCAAUAGUCUACCCUUUCCGCUCCCGCUCCAUCCGCACGCGCAGGAACGCCGCAAUGGUGUGCGCGGCUGUGUGGCUGACCAUUGUAGGAGGAGGGAUAUCCGUCACCUUCUUCUCUACCAUCAACAGCACAAACAGAGCUACAACCUGUUUUGAGGGCUUCUCUAAGAGCACCUGGAGGACCUACCUUUCAAAAAUCACCAUCUUCAUUGAGAUUGUUGGAUUCCUGCUUCCUCUCCUGGCCAACUUGGUUUGUUCUUCACUGGUCCUGAGAACGCUACGUCGUCCAGUGACAGUUGGCCAUGGCUGUGACAGCAAGCGACGUGUCCUGAGGAUGAUUCUGGUCCAUCUUGGCAUCUUCAUCAUCUGUUUUGUUCCGUAUAACUCUAACCUCUUCCUCUAUGCCCUGGUGAGAACUCAGGCCUUGGUUAACUGCUCUGUAGAGCGCUUCGCCCGAACUCUGUAUCCUAUCACUUUGUGUCUGGCUAGCCUUAACUGCUGCUUAGACCCUGUGGUCUACUACUUUACCUCAGAGAGCUUCCAAAAAAGUUUGACCCUGGGAAGCAAAGGGUCCGGUUCCCGACCUGAGAGUAUUCCCCGCAGCGACGCUGAGACCCAGGACACGGCAAACACACUCCCAAGAGACACGCACACUUUGGCCAGGAAUGGAAAAGACAUUAAAGUGUCAGAAAGUCAAUUUUGAUGAAAGGAAGAAGAGUUGAACAAGGACAAAUGGGUUUAAGAGACCUUGGAUUUGAAAAAUUGUUUGUUCUGGAAAUGACAAAUGCAUAACUGAGCAGAUUAACUAAAUCCUAGUGUAAAUCCUGAAGUAUGGUCUGGGCUUUACCAAUUAAUCCAUCUCUUGGAAACAAAGGAAUGUAUCUGUUUGUUAAUAACAAUCUGCAACCGGACACAGACACAAGGAAUUUCUUCGAAUAACUCAGGCACAACAGUAAUGCACUGGAUGUUUAACUACUGUAUAUUAAACGUUUAUAACUUACUGACUUACAUGUUAUUGUUUAAAUUGCAACGAAAUACAGUACAUUGCUGUCAGUGUUUAUUGAGGUGGCACCCAUUAUUAACACAAUACAUUACAUCUGGGGUGGGAAGACACAAUAUUUCUUGUGCUGAGGUUAAGAGCCAUUAAAUCAUUGUUUUGAUUUGC